CCGUUAUCUAUCUACCCGUCACAGUUGCCAUUGACGUCCAAUUAACACAGCCUCAGCCGGAACAACUUAUCUCAUCCGAUUGACAUCAAGAUGAGUCUGAGCUGAAGUGGCUUUGAGGCUGUCAUGUUGGUUGGAAUACGCCAUAGUACGCCUGGAUAGGGAUCCAUGCGUAAUCUUUCAGUCUGUGUGACCUUUUUGCAGGUGUCUGAGUAUGGAUGUCUCUCCCGUCACAGGGUCCUCUACGACCUGUCUGUCUGUCGUUCAGCCCAUUGUGCCAUAGAGUUUAAGAUGAUCAAAGAACUGAAAACCAUCUGGUGGUAUCCGGGCCGUCCUCAUCCUUUUUUAUGUUAUCCUCAGUCCACCUGCCUACGUGGUCCCUUAGGCGAAGGGCGAAGGGCACAAUCAACAAAGCGUCGAUGUUCGGGAUCCACAACGAGAAGCUGAUACCAACAGCAUCCCCGUCAUGUACAGCAAUAGGUAUCAGGAGGGCUCGGGGAGCAGAGCAGAACAGAAUGGACGGGGAGCACACGACAGGACAGGGCCCAUAUCCCUGUCCUGUUGACUUGCUGUGGCAGUGCAGCCUUCCUAACUCCCAUCUAAUUCGCUGUAGAUGUCAACAGAAGGCCAUGACAGGUUAGAACUGCGCUGAACCAGGGCCCUUACUCGACUCUCCAAGCUCCACUAGGCUGUCCUGCCGACGGGACCGCCCCUCCACUCCAUGGUGCGCGGUGGCUGCUGGCUGCAUCUCUUCUGCCCUCAUUUGCAUCUCAUCACAUCACAAUAGCACCAGAGUCUCCUUCACCGCACUUGCUCGAAACGGGGAAUCUCAGCAGUAACUAACUGCCAGCUUCUUCUGCCCCCAAGUUCGAAAAGCUUUACCGUUUCGUGCUCAACCACGAUUUCGCCUCUCUUCGUCCUUCAACACGCGUCAUGGAAUUCUCUUCCUUAUAAUAAUCUCUCUUCCUUCUCUGCUCUCUGCUGUUGCUUCUCCUUUACCCAAAGCCAACCGUAUAGAGAGGCCCCCUGCCUCUGCGGCCAUGCUGCGAUUCUACUCACAUUCCAGGGUCCUCUCCAUACGUUUCCAGGGAAAUUGUUGACAAGCGAUACGUGAAACAAACAAAUUACAUAUCUCUUCCUCCUUUGCCCCCUUUCUCAAUCCAUCAUGCCUCCUCGACGCUCCCACAAAAAGUCUCGGGCGGGUUGUCGGAGGUGCAAAAAUAGGAAGAUAAAAUGCGACGAGGUUCACCCACGAUGUGGUAACUGUGCCAAGCACGGAGUUCCUUGCGAUUUCAGCAACCCCGAUGUCCUCGAAGAACUUGCUAUAUCAACUAAUACCAGUACUGAGAGCAUCGGCGCACCUACUCCCUCGCCUGCGCCGACCGUCAACUUCAAUUCUGUUCCCAGAACUCCGCUACCACGCCCACGUGCCCCUUCAAGUCCAGCAAGAGCGCCGCGACCAAAUCCUUCUCCUCCGACUUCCGUCUACUCGCAACCUUCGAUAAGCUCGUCCACCAACACCGUAGAUCAUGGCGAACGAAUGCUCGAGCUGCGUUUGAUGCAUCACUAUACAAAUGUCACCUCCAAGACGCUCCUGACCAACUCGCCUGCCGCCGAGGAUAUCUGGCAGCGUGCCGUCCCACAGAUGGCCUUCUCUGGCAACGGCAAGACGUAUCUCGCCGACGCCAUCUUGUCUGUCGCAGCCCUUCAUCUACGUUCAAUGUCUCCGAAUGACAAAGCAUUGGUGCGCGCUUCACAUGCCUACUCGGCCUCCUCUCUUUCUGCAUUCGGGGCGUCGCUGGGUUCGGGCAUUACGCCUGACAAUGCGGAGGCUUUGUUCCUCACAGCGACGCUCAUUGCUUUCCAAGCAAGUGCCUCGCGCAUCUUUGUCAAGGACGACGGUGAUUCUGCCCCUGGGGAUUCAACGAGCAGAUAUGUGCCGCCGCUCUCCUGGUUCCACGCUUUUCAAGGCGUCAAGACCGUCGUCGCAAACUCGUGGCAAUGGAUCCACCACAGCGACAUCGUCAAAGUUGUCAUUGAUUCACAACCUGGUUUCCAACUGAACCUCAACCCGCGCUCGCCUGACUCAUUCUUCGGUCAUAUGCUAGAAGGGUUGAACGAUGAAUUAAUGAACGAAGAUCCUCGUUUGCUGUCGACUACCACUCAAGCUUACUCACAUGCCGUCAGCGUGCUCAACUGGGCGCAUAAAAACUAUCACGCGGCUGCCGCACUCACCUUCCCUGCUACUGUUUCGAAGCGCUACGUUGAUCUUGUUGAUGCAAGGCGCCCCCGUGCUCUCGCCAUCCUUGCUUGCUUCUUUGCGUUGCUGAAGCGAAUGGAUAACGUAUGGUGGUUGCAAGAUGUGGCUCGUCGAGAGGUCAUGGGCCUAGUCAGCUUAUUCGAGCCCGGAUCUAAGUGGUGGCGGCACCUUGAGUGGCCAAUAAGGAUCGCUUUGUUGGAUGGCAGCUCUAUCCCACAAGACAUCUGGGGCACUGAACUCGAAGAGCAGGCGCCAGAGCAACAAACUGUUGGCUCCAUGACACAGCACAUUGAGAUAUUCGCCGAGAUGUUACACCAGCAUGCGCAGCCUCCUAUUCCCAUCGCGGACGAGGACCUCAUCGUUCCUGACUCACCUGACUGAAGGAUCGUGGCAGCUAUGCAAAGCCAUGAUGGCCGGGCCUUAGGGCUUAGAGCUGGUCUCGCGGCCCUUUCAAUAUCUUGUUGGUAACCAGCUUCAGCAUGUCGCUAGUCAGCAAGAAAUGCUUUCCAUCAGCAGUCGACAUUAGAGGACGGCCAACAUCCCUCCACUUGAUGAUCCACGACCAUUUCCUCGCAAUUGGAAUCAGUGAUUAUGUCACGACGAGAUGGCCCGAAUGACCACUUGUGUAGGAGAGUAUAUAGCGCCUUACAGUCGGACUUGAUUCUCGGCGUGAUAAUCUACCGAGUAAGGAAAAGCUUAAUGUUCGAGAUUCUUUGCCAGGCACCCACAGGACUUGGCCAUUGUGUUAUUCAGCAUACUGGCAAGCCCAUCAUUGAUCAUGACUUACGAGUUGAAAGGGUUCAGCCAGGCACGGGAAACAGUACAAUUAUAUCAAACACGCCCAACAAAUGUUUGGGCUUAUGGUUUCAAUGCUCCAUAUUGCAUACCCAGCACAAGUGUCCAGGCCGUCGCUGGAAGCGGGGCCUUCCACUUUGGUCUCGGUUUAAUUAGUAUAUAAUGUCGUUACAAAAAGAGAGAUGCGAUUCGGGGCCUCGAAUGUAGUAGUCAUGUAUUUGAUAUCGUUCAGCGAGCGAUCCUUGUAAUGAUUGGGACAUAUAAAGAGCACUAGUCUUGCCUCAAGCAGUUGUAUCUAGACAGUAUGACUGACUUUCAGAGGAGAGAUGACAGCAUCGGGAUCAUCAUGCCCAGAUAAAUGACAGCAAUAUCAGAAACUUCAAUUAGAGAUACGACAGGACCUGUCAUAUCUAGGGAUGGAACCCAGUAAAUCAAUGAUUGACGUGGCCUUUACAAGACCUUUUCCUAGACGCCCAACUCCAAGCAUGCAAUGCCAUACAUGUACUAUUGCUUUAUCCUCUUGGACUCCUCCUUCUCCUCAACGACAUCCACCGCAUCUUCGGCAUCCUUUCGACUUCGCUUCAGACCCUUCAUCUUGCGGAGCUGCAGCUCGCUGAGAUCCUGCUUGCCCAGAUGCACGCGGCCAAUCUUGUCACCCAUAGAAUCAGUUGUGAUGUUCUUCUUGGUGCGCUCCUCGGUCCCGCGAGGCUUCUUUAGGGCCUCCUUGAGCAUCGACUCAUCGGGCUCCCUGACUCGGCCGACACGGAAAUCCAUGCGAGGACCAAUCUCCUCAACCUCGACACGGGGAAGACGCUGGCCUGAUCGCUUGGUGCUGAUGGUGUAGACUCGCAAGUGGAUAGCGGGCUUAACAUCACCGUCGCCAGUGCUAUCCUCUGCGCUAAUGGAGAUGAUGUACUGGAGACCCUCGACGUCAAUCUUGUCGCUGGGCUCGCCCUUGAAGAAAUCAAGGAGCAUGCUCUUCGCAAGGGUGAACUCGUUGCUGACAGGGCUCUCGAAAGCAGUACCAGCGAACAAGAUCAUGGGCCGCAGGCCAAUGGCGAAUUUCUUCGUCUUGAACUGAGCAAUAGCACGGAAGCUCUCUGGGUCGAGGUAGAGCUCAAGCAUGUCAAGAACCUUGUAACCAAAGGUGCGAACAAAAGUCAAGGUGUGAGGACGCUUCUUCUGGCUGCUACCAAAAACGAGGAGACUGGCGUCGUUCUUUUCGGAGAAAAACUCGAGCGAGGCGGCGUCGUCAAAGGGAUGGAUGGCGUUCUUUUUGGUGAACUUCUUAGCGAGAGGCUGGCGCAUCUGAUGAAGGUCAUUGAGAGCAUCCUGGAUUAUCUGAGAGCAUGUUGUUCCGCGGAGGAAGAGGCACGUCUUGGGAUUCUCGUUUGCCUUGGGUUCGCGCUUUUCGAGGGCUCGCUUUGAGCGCGCAUUGCGAGGUUUACUUUAUGGUUGUCAGUUUACGAAAUCAUACUUGUUAUGAACAAUCGGUUUGACAUACACUUGUCUGAGCAUCUUGUAAAUUGGGAAUAAUAGAUGUCCUUGAAAAGAUCGGUGAUGAGGCUUCAAAACUGAGAGGUUGACUUGUAGGUAGCCUUUGGAGAGUAGGACCGAGGAAAAAAAUGUUCUUAUCGAUAAAGCCUACACGCUACUCACCGUUCACCGAAAGUAACGGUCCCCAUAAUAGUCCCCCUUUUGCCUUGAUACCUAGGUAUGCUCGGUGAGGCCCCU